AAUCUCCUUUACUUUACGCCCUAAUGCAAGUAGGACAUGUUUGAUGUCCUUCAUGCUAAUAUGACAUCACAUGACAUGCAUAAGCUAUAAGGAAGGGAGUUGUCCUUCACUCCAUGGAACAGAACUACAGGAAUGAAAGUGUAAAGCGAGAAGGACACAGGUAUCUUGCCCAUCACUUGGAGCCCACACAAUUUUGCUGAGCGUCUGAGGACAGCAGAGGAGGACAAGCAAAAAUGAAGGUGGAGAUGUGGAAGGUGCACGCCACGCUACAGUCGGCGCUGGAUGGCAACGUGGCCAUUUCCACACCUCCAAAUGUGGACAUUCAGCAAUUGUUGGAAAACUUGCCGCCAGACCAGCGGGAACGACUGGAGGAGUACUACUGUGAAAAGGAAAGGGCCAUACUCCUCGAACGUCAAGUUGCCGCAAAGGCCCUUCAGGAUGCCAGAAAGGCCCGUCAAGAGGCCGCAAAGGCCCUUCAGGAUGCCGGAAAGGCGCGAUAUGAGCUUGCCCAGAACCAAUUGAAGUCCCUGAACACAAUCCAAGCCCUUCAAGUUGAGAACAGAGCUCUCAAGAGAAGAGUCGCCCGCGAUGUCGGUGAAGGGAUCGUGGCCCGCGAUGUCGGUGAAGGGAUCGUGGCCCCCGAUGUCGGUGAAGGGAUCGUGGCCCCCGAUGUCGGUGAAGGGAUCGUGGCCCCCGAUGUUGGCGAAGGGAUCGUGGCCCCCGAUGUUGGCGAAGGGAUCGUGGCCCGUGAUGGCGGUGAAGGGAUCGUGGCCCCCGAUGGCGGUGAAGGGAUCGUGGCCCGUGAUGGCGGUGAAGGGAUCGUAGAGGAUCCCGGUGAUGAGGCACCGGCGGCCAAAAGGGCCAGACGAAGCCCCUCCAUAUAAGUCAUCUUUUUUCCAGGCGGUACCAUGGGCUCAGCGCUGCGGAGUGGUACCAUGUGGCACCAUGUGGUACCAUGGGUUGAGUGCUGCUGCUGUCCCACUUCAAUAAAAAAUUGAUUGACAAA